AUGGGUGACAGCCAAGACCGUAGCCGGGUGCGAUCGCCCGGCCGAGGGGCGAGCGCAGCGCAGGGGCAGCAUGGUGGGGCCCGACAGCACUAUUCUGACGCUCCCAGCAAGGGGUUUGUGUCUGGAGACGCGCGCAGUGACGAUUUCCAGCGUCCUCUGGGCAUUACAGACUCGUACCCCACGCCACAGACCCACAAACACGUGUCGGCGCUUGCAGGCAAGACCGUCUCGACGCAGCCGCUUGAAGAUCUGAAAAUAAACGACACUCCUGCGUCUGUGCUCAAAAACCUGAAAGAUCCGUUCGACGAUUCGCCAGACUCGACCAGUACGCCGGCUCGGAGCAAGAACGGGCCUGCGAGCUCGACCAGGCCGUUUUUCCAGACACCGGCGAACGCCAGGCAGCCCAAAGACCCGGCGUCCAUGUUCAAGAAAAUGCGAGAUCAGCUUCCAGAGGCUUUUGAGUACGACACGGAGGUUGGUCUUGUACUGGAUGGCUACAGCGAGCCGGACGAGACGGCAGACCAUUCUGGGGCUAUGUUAAAUCUGAAUACGGGAUAUAUCAACUUGCUGGGCAAGUUCAAUGCUGACGUUACUGCAAACACGUCUCCAGAUACCCAAAUCGAUGCCAACAUCCACCAGGAAAUCAACGACAAGCUGCGGCAGAAGGAUCUGUUGCAGGACGAGGCAGACUAUUCGUACCUGAGCAAUUACCACAGACGACAGUCGCAGCCCAGUAGCAAGCCGUUUGGACUGCCGAGCUCUACAGAAAACACAGAUCAUCGAGACGUGCAAGUGCCAGGCACCAUAGAAAAAAGUCGAGUAGGAAUUGCCUCCAACAGCAGUCCAUUGACAAACAAAACUCGCAGUGAGUCGCACCCGCCCAAUAGAAACGGCCACGAGGAGCUGAACGACGAGAUCAUCAGCUCCCAAAGUGUCUUUUCCCAAAUUACGCACCACAGACCCGCAGACUCGUAUCGCACCCAAAAAGAUCCAAUCAGGGACUCCUCGCCAAACAUAAACGAGCCGUCGUCGCAGGAGGUGAGCGAUUUCGAGAUAGACGAUAAGGACAAUAUUAGCGAGACACUCAAGAUCUCCAAUUCGCAAAACGACCAACCAAACACCGCGUCCUCGAUCUCCCAGAAGGAGCUGAAAAACUCCAUCAUACGGCUCUCCCAAAACUCGCAAAGCUCACAGAGGGAAACCGGCUACGAGUCGUCUCAUCCUACCGUCCACAUACCCUCACAGGACGAAGGCACACGAGAACUGACCGAGGAAAUGGAGGAUCCGAAUUCAGAUGCUGACGCGAACUCGACUCCCCUUUCCCAGGUCGCCUACACUUCCAGCUUGCUUCUGCGUCCGAAGCGCGUACUGAAGGGCAGUCCGAGAAAAGCGUCUCAGCGGAAACCUGUGAGACCUGCGCCGCCUGUGAUUGAGCUAGAUGAUAGUUCGAGUAACUCCUCAGACCAGGAGAAGUCAAACCCAAAGUCGGACGAGCAAGAAGUCAAGGACAGUAUGGAUGAGACGCGGAUCAAUUCGGUGCUGGACAGAGACCAAAUUGAUCUGCUGCUCAGCACCAAAAGGAACUCUUCAGAACUUCCCUCGCCCGAAUUUGAAAACGCUAACGAUAUACAAAGCCAAAAGCCGGAUCUCAAAGGCGUGGACAUUCUGCCCGAGUCGCCGACCCAGAACGAGGUCCUAAGAACAGACGAGACAGAAAAAGUGUUUUGCAAAGAAGACAUUAUCUUUCCACGCUCAGUAUGGGUAACGUUCGACAAUUUGAAACUGCCCUUCAGCAUAAAAGACGUGACGAAAUAUUACGACGAGUCUCGCAACGCGCAGUUUUCUGUUUCAGUCGCCAAUUCCCAGAUGCUCGAAACGGUGGACCACGUCAAAUUGUUUGCUCCUCUUUCUAUCAGGGUUGGCGACCACGUCAAACUGUUUGCCAACAGAACCAAGGUGUACAAAGUCACAGGUUUGCAACACGAUCCCAAGAUACCCAACGCCGUGUGUUGCAUUCGCGGUUUCAACCGCGUAUACCUUUGCGAAAAGGGGUCUGUACUGAGUGACGAGUUCAGCGUCCCGUUGGAGGAAACGUAUCUUACAGCAAAUCUUUCUGGUAAGAUAAAGUUCAAGAUAUUUGACGACGAGCAAUACUUUCGUGAAUUUUUGUCGGAUUUGCAACAGCAAGACGGUCCAAUAAUCCAGAACACUCUUCAAAAAGAUAAGCUGCCCUUUCAUGGCUGUGUCUUCGUGUUCACCUCUGCGCCGCAUCAGUCGGAAACCAACGAUACAACCAAAGUGAAAGAAAUGGUCAGGUUCAUUGAAAAGCAGGGAGGACUAAUAAUCGAAGAGGGUUUUCCUAAACUCUUUCAAAUCGGUGAAACAGAACUCAAGCCCGGAAAGAUGCUUGAACAGCUCAAGUUUGCUGCGCUGCUGUCUCCCAAACACGUGCGAACCAUGAAAUAUCUGCAGUCGCUGUCUCUGGGCUGGCCUAUUUUAUCAACUGUGUUUCUUGAAGACCUGAUAUCGAAGCCGGACCAGCUCAGCAGAUGGCAGUCUACGUUCCACAAUUACAUGCUCCCCGCGGGACAUAGCGUGAUUCGCAACUGCAUACUGAGCGCCAACGUGUUCCCUUUCCUACACAACUUCCACAGCGGGAAGCGACUCCACGAGCAGACGGGACUUGUCCGAUUGUUGGAUGGACUGACCGUUGUUGUGGAUCGCAGCAGUUUGCCGGUCAGUGUCAGGGACAUUGAAUUUCUGCUCAAGGCGCUCGGCUGCCACAAAACCAGGGUCAUUCCCGAGAUCACCCUUCAAGAGGCCGCGAAACUUGACUGCGGGAGUCUGCUGCUCACAGACCUGGACAGAAAGUCUCUGGACGCCCAAGUGCACAAAAGACGGCCAAAAAAGCAGCGGCGGGAGAGUUCCGGCGGGGAGUUUGAGGUUUCUGUCGUGGACUGGGAGUGGCUCGUGCAGUGCAUCAUUGGUGGCACGCGGUUCGAUCCCGUUUUCCGCUGGAAAGUGUCUUCCUUGCGCAAGUAA